GCGGCGUGCCGCCAGACGGCGCGCCACAAGAUCGCGGUCGCCAACCCCCUCGACACACCUGCGAGCUUCACAGGCAGCUGCUCGAACCCGUACGUGCGUUUCAGCCCGGAUUCGUUGGAGGUGCCUGCGAAGGGCGAGAAGACGAUCGACUUGCUCUUCAGGCCAGUGGAGGAAGGCGAGGGCGAAGCCGAGGCCACCUUGACCAGCAACGAGCUCGGCAC